AUGGUGGCGGGUGGUGGUGCGAGUUCGCAGAGACUCUGGUCUGGCGAUGAGUACGUCGAUACCGUGCAGUCGGCGACAAGGCUCUCGCGCUGUGGUCAUGGUCCACACCCAGUGCAGUUCUCCAGUAAGACGUCCAAGUCCCGUCCACUUCGAGUAGAGUACUGCCCCAGCACUCAAGUCGGCGCCCCAAUGGCCCACGCGGUUAACCAUGUAGUGGCCGUUGUGGCCGUUGUGGCCUCCUUCACACAUGGGCAUGGAUGGGAUGGACAUCGGUCCAGUCGACACUGCCGCCGUCCGCGCGAUGCCCAAGGUCCACGUCGGGGCGGGCGUGUGCGUUGCAUCGUCGAAGCCGCAGGACUCGCAGGAGAGGUGACGAGGUCAAGUCAACAAGAGCAGCCAUCGCCAACCUCCCUCUCGCCGCCCGUCCAUCCACCCACCCAUCCAACCCCCCUCCCCGUAUCCUUUUACAAGCGCCACCGCUGUCGCCCUCCGCAGCCUCCUCCCUCCAAGCUCCGCCCAGCUCAGCGCCCGACUCCCGACCCUGCACAACCCCAAGGCCGCCCCGGCCUGUCCACCGGCGCUAUGGGACUCUCCAAGUUCUUCUCAUACUGCUGCGGCGGACGCUCGAGAGACAGCCUCUACGACCCUGUGCUGGCCGACAGCGAGCGCGAGGCCGUAGCUGACUUGCUCGGCUUCCUGGAGAAUCGAGCCGAAACCGACUUCUUCUCCGGCGAGCCCCUCCGCGCACUGAGCACCCUCGUCUAUUCCGACAACAUCGACUUGCAGCGGUCAGCUAGCUUGACCUUUGCCGAGAUCACAGAGCGAGAUGUCAGAGAAGUCGAUCGAGACACCCUGGAGCCCAUUCUCUUCCUUCUCCAGAACCCAGAUAUCGAGGUGCAGCGCGCUGCGAGUGCGGCGUUGGGCAACUUGGCCGUCAACACCGAGAACAAGGUGGCCAUUGUCGCACUGGGAGGGCUUGCACCCCUGAUCAAACAGAUGAACUCGCCCAACGUCGAGGUGCAAUGUAAUGCCGUGGGAUGCAUCACGAAUCUGGCUACCCACGAGGACAACAAGGCCAAGAUUGCACGAUCAGGUGCCCUGCAGCCCCUCACACGGCUGGCAAAGUCAAAGGACAUGCGAGUUCAGAGAAACGCCACGGGCGCGUUGCUGAACAUGACACACUCUGACGAUAACCGGCAACAGCUCGUCAAUGCUGGCGCGAUACCGGUGCUCGUUCAGCUCCUCUCCUCACCAGACGUCGACGUCCAAUACUAUUGCACAACCGCACUGAGCAACAUAGCCGUCGACGCCAGCAACCGCGCCAAAUUGGCCCAAACCGAAGGGCGAUUGGUGGGGUCCUUGGUGCACCUGAUGGAAUCGUCCUCGCCCAAGGUCCAAUGUCAGGCUGCCCUGGCCCUGCGUAACCUAGCCUCCGACGAAAGAUACCAGCUCGAAAUCGUACGCGCUCGUGGUCUGCCGUCUCUCCUCCGCCUGUUGCAGUCAUCUUACCUUCCCCUCAUCCUUUCCGCUGUUGCAUGUAUACGAAACAUCUCCAUCCACCCCGCCAACGAGUCGCCCAUUAUCGAAGCUGGCUUCCUUCGGCCGUUAGUAGACUUGCUUGGCUCUACGGACAACGAUGAAAUCCAAUGCCACGCAAUUUCCACGCUACGCAACCUCGCAGCUAGUUCCGACAAGAACAAGGAGUUGGUACUCGAGGCUGGCGCCGUACAAAAGUGCAAGCAAUUGGUCCUCAACGUCCGACUUCCCGUGCAGUCCGAGAUGACGGCUGCCAUUGCUGUACUUGCUCUUAGUGAAGAGCUCAAGCCGCACCUCCUCAACCUCGGUGUAUUCGAUGUCUUGAUUCCACUCACCGAGUCAGAGAGCAUAGAAGUCCAGGGCAACAGUGCGGCUGCACUUGGUAAUCUAUCAUCAAAAGUGGGCGAUUACUCCAUCUUCAUUCAAAACUGGACCGAGCCGGCUGGCGGUAUUCACGGAUACCUUCGUCGCUUCCUCGCAAGCGGCGAUCCGACCUUUCAGCACAUCGCUAUCUGGACGCUGCUCCAGCUCCUCGAGUCCGAGGACACGCAACUGAUGGAGCGCAUUGGCAGUUCCACUGAGAUCGUACACAUGGUCACUGAGAUUGCCGAGCGCAACAUCGAAUCUGACGACGAAGACAACGAGGACGGCGAAGGCGAAGUAGUCACCCUCGCCCGCCGCUGCCUUGGACUUUUGGGCCAGACCCCCAAGGCCCUCGUCGAAGGGUGA